GCCCUCCUAACGGUAACGGUCCAGGUUUAUAGAGGUUAAUUCAUCUUUUUAUACUUCCGUUCAUGGCGUCGCAGAGAAGCCGAAACCUUUCUUUGGGAAACACAACAGAGGAUGACAACGAAGAAAACCCAGCGACCAUGUUUGACGUGUUUCACAGGGAAAUGAGAGAGAGGAUCGUCCUCCAGCGGCUGAUAGUGAUCGCUCGGCUCCCCCACGACCUUGAUGACAGGACAGAACCGGGAGCUCAUUACGAAAAACUCAACUUCCAGCUCAGCAAACAGUACAUAUUGGAUCCCAUGACGGGCCUGCUGCUGGUCUACCCGUCCUGCCUGCUGCAUGUCAUCGAAUCGUCGAGGGACGUCCUGGUUUCUGUUCUGAAAGACAUGCAGCAGCCAGACGGCGCCUUCAUGGAAGCUCCCAAGGUGGUGUUCUUGGCCCAUGACCCUCAGAGCCGGCUGUUUCCAAAGUGGAGCCACAAGGUGCUCGAUGCGGAUCAGUGGGCCGGCGUCUCCAGAGGAGGAGAGGAAGAGGAGGAGAGCACCGAGAGUCUGGUGUGCGCCGUCCUGUCGGCGCUGCAGACGCUGGGCGAACGCCUCGAAGCCUCCCAGAAGGUGUGUUCUACUUUUCACAUGAAGUUACAGUUUGAUUCCGUUUCUAUGGGUUUUGUUUUCCUCCCCGAGGAUCCCGGGGCGAUGCUGGACGAGGCUCCGGAGCUCGUCGUCUCUCAGACGGUCCUCCACAAGCUGUUGACUCGAGACGAGCUCCAGACUCCACGACAACACCUGCAGAUGUACAACUCGCCCAUCAACAUCUGCGCCAGCGCCGGACGAGUCGCGCGAAGCAGCUGCCUCGCGACAGUUUAACGAUUCAAGGACUUUGGUUCCCAUCAGCCUCAGCUAGACUUGUAUUGAGUGCUAAUUAGCAACCGGAAGCGUUCGGCCUUCACUGAAGCGCCCCAGGUGUGACCUGCAACGGUUUUACCACUUGUAAAAAUACUUGUCGCACAAAAUGCUUCUUUUCUUUGAUUUAAAAAAGAUGUAAAACUUGUUUGAGUGAAACACCACAUUUACAACAAAAGCACAGAAUAUCCAGAGUAAUAUAGAAAAAAACUUUUUUAAUAGUUUCAACAUUCGGAUGAGGUUAAUUUCAUUUCUACUUUACACUGUGUUCCACCUGGUGAGCAAAGCGUGUCCAAGAAACAAGAAACAUUUCCUCUUCGCUUCAAACGGCUAAAGAGUCCACAGCGUCACAACAGUUUGUACACAAAGACCCUGAAAGUCUCUCACAUGUUCCCUUUUUUUAUUUUGGCCCUCAUUACUUAAAGCAAACAAAAAAAAGGACGAUUGGAUUUGCAAUGGUUGCAUGCACCACAGUGUAGUCUACGAACUGUUUACGAGAAAAAACAAACCGGUUCGGCGGGAUUUUUUUUCUUCUUUUUUUUUUGCAGCACGAUUUCAGUGUAAAGUCACACGGACGUUUCUUUCGAUUUUCAGUCUUUUGAAGCGUCUUCGCUCCCAUCACGUCAGUUGAUUGAUCACCUGACGGUGGCCAGGUGUGCUCGUUCUUAUUUGCGAGAGAUAAAAAAAGAGUGAGACGUUCGGUUUUCAUGGAACAACAGAAGAAAAACUAAAUCAUGAUUGUUUCAAACUUAGUCCGACUUAAAAACAACAAACAAAUAAAAAAAGGUUGAAGGGCGGCCCGGAAUUAUUCUUCUUUUAUAAAGUUUGAUCUAUUCACUUAUAAAAAAUAAAUACAAGCACAUUUAUAUAUAGGACCAACAAAGACAUAUUUCAGAGGCAUGGUUUAAAAAGCAUGCUGCCGAGUUUCACAUGGGACAAUGUCGAAUCAAACCCCCACCCCCAAACCCUCCUCAAACACUACCCUCCCCAAAAUCGGUCAUAACACACUUUUCUUAUAUCAAAUACCUUCUUCUUUGUUUAAUUACUAUAUCCACAACACACACAACCGCCUUCAUUACGACCUACGAGGUGAACUUCUCCGAUCACCGAUACAUUCCACCUAUCCGCGUAGAAAAGACAGAAAAGAAAGGCCUUCGUAUUUCGGUGCUCAAAGGACAUGCUAGCAGAAGCUGUAAUACUGGAAGCCGUCUCUGCUCGACGGGCGUGUUUAUUGUUCAUAAAGUUGUGUUUGAUGGAGAGCGUAUGUACAAUGCUCGCUCCGAAACCCUGAUGUAGAAAAAACAAAGAGUGGCAUGUUGUAAACGCAGAAAACCAGACAAAGACAGCGCAGAAACUCUUCUUUUUGUUGUUGUUCGUGGUCAGUUUUUCUUUGAAUAUUAAAAUAAUAAAUAACGGACGUCGUGAUUUGAACCUCAGCUUGAGGAUCUGAUUGAACAAUUGGCAUGAAUUGGACUUUUAGUUGUUUAAAAGUUUAUUUGAGUGACAGAAAAUUAUAAGAAACUUUUAAAAAGUUGAUAACUGAUUCACCGUUAAUGUAUUCUUUUGAUAUUUUCUUUGGCGAUUAAGAAAGAUAAUCAGCAGACUAAUUGAUAAUGAAACUAAUCUUUAGUUUGGAAAAUACCGUGGGGCAAAAUAACGAUCGUUGUGUUUAAUUGUGAAUUUUAACUAACGAUAAAACAUCAACUCUGUCUCUUUUAUCCUCUUAAACCGAAAGGGGUCAUGUGACUGAUCCAUCGUUGCAGCUGCAGCUCGAGGGGACAAACAUUACAGUUUAAAUUCUUAACAAGAUCGCAAGAUUUGUUUUACUUUAUUUUUAUUUUAUCAAACACGUUGCACUGUUGAAAAAUGUAUAAAAUGGGAUCAUCUUGACUUUUUCCAUUAAAUGUAACGUUGCCGCAGCGAUGCGUUGCAACAGGCAAAAUGAAGAAUCUAAAAAGCAACAUUACUUCACGCUGUGGAGCUAAAAUCAGGGUUCAAGAGGUUAAUUCUGCAAGAAGAAGCACGAUCAGCUGUUUCCUAUUUAGAAAAUCUACAUUCUACUCAAUGUUAUCUUGUGUGAAUAUUGUGCUACAACCGGCAACAUUAUAAUGUCAUAUAACGUUCAUUGUCAUUUAUAUUUUUCAGUACAGCAUUUUCAUAUAUUUAAAUUUCUCCCCCCGCCACUAUAUACAGAAUGGUAUUUACAAAAGUCCUGUGAAUAAUGUCGCACUUUAAAGAAAAGAGGGCGGCGGCACAGUGGCGGUGAGGCCAUGUGUCGCGGGUGUUCUCUCAAAUCUGGACAAGUCUCAACAAAACCCACGAAGGCAAAUAACAAACGCGCCGCCGUCGUAUGCAAAACCUCGCCACUCCAGUUUUAUUGAUUUUUCAAGUUUUCUCUUUAAACCUCCCGAUUCCCGAAAAGCAGGUUUCCAUACGACAGCGGCGGAGCUUCUGGUCCCGCGUUUCAUUUACAUUUUUUUUCUCUUCAUCUUCAGAUGAGAUUCACAAUCAAAACUCUUAAGACCUAGUAAAAAGUAUUCAGAAAUAUAUCUGUAUAAAUACUCUCAUCAAAAUAAACACAUAUACACAUAUCUUUGCACUUGCCUCUGGUUCACUUGUAUAGACUCAAAAUAUCAGCAUCAUCAGACAGGGUGCCUGACACCGAAACCCGAAAGAAAAGCGCGCUUGUUUUGGGGUAAAAUAAAGCACCUUUUUUCUUCUGCGAGAGUGACUGAGUUCAGUUCUUUGUUACGAUAUGAUGGGUUGUUGUUAUACCUCAGGGCAGGACGACUUAUCGAGGAUGGUUCUCCAGAUGUUCGUCACAGAACGUCACGGACGAAGCCUGAAGUGUGCCAGCGGAGACCGCCGGUUUAACGGUAAUGAUUCAACGCAGCGUUUUGUUAAAUGUUGUCGGCUAGCAGUCUGACCCAGUUAGAGACGAGCUGGUGGACAUCGUGGAGAGUUUAGUAGCGAAAGAGACCGACAUUCACCUCGGGUGGUGGUGGAGACCAAAAACAGAGCCAAAAAGAGAGAGAGAGAGAGAGAGAGAGAGAACUAGACUUAUCAUGUGACACAAACAGGAAGACUAAGACUAAGAUUAAUUUAAAUAAUAAUAAUGUGAACAAAGUGGUGUUUUUUAAGAUCGUUUCACUUGCUCCCAUCUGUUAAAUUCAUAAUCCAAUUAAAAAUACCUUUUUAAGAAAAAAUAUUCUAAAAAUGAAUCUUCAAUUUUACAUUUACGUUUAUUGCCUUAAUAUUUGAAAUUUCCAUUUUGUGAUUGCUUAAGGACGGUGCUCUUUUAAUUGUAGGUAGUGACACCUGAACAUUAGGCACCACGAGCAUCUUGAUGGAGCAACGUUAUUACCAUAGAUAGACUGUGUAAUAUAUGUAUGUAGUCUGUAUGCAUCUGUCAAUCACAGAGGCCACGCCCCUCCUUGAACCUUAAUAUCAUGUAAAGAGGUGAAUUAUCUACAAAUUCAGUUAUUCAGUUAAUUACAGUUAUUAUCUUUAGAGAUUAAAAUCUGUUUUGUGUACCAGGAUGUAAAUUUGUCAUUUAAAAAUGGAGGUCUAUGGGGAUUAUCUCGCCGUUAGAGGCUCAAUUGACCAAUUGAGGAACUGCAGUUUGUGUCACCGACUCUUUGGCUCCAUUUCUCAGCACCGGUAGUUGCCGGUUUGGUUCAAAUGGGGGCGUCCAUGUUGUAUUUGAGCGACGGUGAACACAACACAACCAAUAUAAUUUUGUUGGAAAAAAAAUUGCGUUUGCAUUUCCCGCUGAGCCAGUUAGUGGCAGUAAUGUGCAAGGAAGCCAAAGACUGCAAGAUAUAAAAAAUAUAAAAAGUGGCGGGAAACACUGAAUGUAAAAGAAACACUGAAUGUAAAGAUGACCUUUGUUCAUUUACAAGAAAACUCCACAGGGAUCCUAUAAUCAAAGUCCAACCCACAGCAGCAGCAGCAGCUCUGAUUGGCUAAACUCCAGCCAGGACAACCGAUAACAUUAAUUAAUUUGAGCGAAUGUUCUGUUGGCAGACUGCAGGCUUCAUCGUCUCUCUGUGGAUUCAGCUCCACGUUCUUCCAACUUAAAUGACUGCAUAUGGAAAAAUUAAAAAUCCCACUUAAUGUGUCGUGACUUUGGGUUUUUCCUUUUUGCCUUUGACGUUUUCCAAAGCCAUCCCAACCCUUUCAUCUUGUACCUAUAUCUCAAGUGUUCAUUAGCUCCCUGACAGCAUCUACUGUAUUCUAUCUGGAGGACAUAGUGUCUUUAUAGCUCUCCCGUAGAUACAAAAUACGAUCCGAUUCGUCAUGUGUCAUAUAUUCUGAAAAUGUACAAUAUAAACAAUAAAUAUUCACUGAUUU